CAUCUCGGCGCAGCGUGCUUUUUGCUUCCCGUUUCUUUCUGGUACGUACUUACUUAAGUAUAUACGUUUUCCUCCUUGAGUCAGAAAAGGCUCGCAAAGCUGUAGCGCAUUGAAAAUGUCCGCUGUCGGUGGUGUUUUGCGUUAUGUUUCCCCGCACAGUGUGAAGGUGCGGGGUCUCCCUUUCCACACGACAAAGCAGGACAUCGUGGAAUUCUUCCAAAAAUGGAGCACACUGAGUCCAUCUGCAGUUGUAUUUCCACACCAGUUCUACCGAGGUGGCUUUUCGAACCUGCAGCGGGCCAACCCAACAGGCCCCCAAGACAGAUUGUCGCUCAGCGCGAGAGGACGUGCCGACUCUUCAUCUUCCCUCUCCUCUUCUACAGUGGGUCGUGGCGGCAGUGUCACAUCAAACGCAAGGGGAAGCAUUGAUGACGAUUUGCUAAACUACACAAAUAGCGGCCUGGCUUAUGUGAUGUUUGAGCGCCCCCAGGACUGUCACGCAGCGGUGGACCAAUGUGACAAAUGUUGGUUCCGAGAUCAACGAAAAGUGGAUGUUCUCGAGGUCGCGCAGCAUCUGAAACGCGAAUUUUUGGAUCACACAUUGAAAGACCCGUACGAAAUCACAAUGCAGAGCGAGGUCGACAAGGCCAAACGCAUGGAAAUCGGGAGGAAACAAAAGGACUUGGUACUGCAACGGCGGCAGUGGAUCAAGUACGAUCAGAGCGGGCGGCGGUACGCCCGCCAAGACAACAUCGCACCCUUUUACACUCAUUGAGUUUACGACCUCUCAGACUCCUUGCUUUUGCUGGCAGAAAGAUGUUGAACUUAUGUAGUACCAGUAGCUUCUUCCAUCAAUGGAAACCGUCGAAUAUUCUGCACCGUGGC